AUGAGAAUAAAUUUCUUUAAAGAAAAAAAUAAGAUACGAUUAAAUAAGAACCUCGAUUUUGAUUCAGAUAUAGCUAUAUCUAAUGCGAACAAUGAAUCAAACAAUUAUUUAACAGCCAAUAGUGAUAAUGAAUAUGAUCAUUAUGGCUUUGAAAAAAAUAAAGAAUAUACACAAGAAAAUAAUGAUGAUAAUAAGAGAAACUUAGAAAAGUACAAAAAGAAGAUUGAAAGGAGAUGGCAACUAUAUUUUACAUUUAAAAGAGAUAUAAAAAAAAGUUAUUAUUUAAAAUCUUUAAUAAGAAAAGGAAUACCCGAUAAAUUAAGACCAGACAUUUGGCCAUAUUUAUUGGACAGCAUGGUGUUAUGUUUAAAAUAUCCCACCAUUUAUGAAAAAUGUUUAAAUAGUGAACUAGAAUCCAAGGUCUUAAGUCAAAUUGACUUGGACAUUAUACGAACCUUUCCUCAUAAUAAAAAUUAUCGAUUAAAUUCACCAGGAUUGGUUCAAUUAAAGAAUGUAUUACGAGCAUUCGCAGUUUAUAAGCCAAAAAUAAAUUAUUGUCAGAGUAUGAAUUUUAUUGCUGCAAUUACUUUAAUAUUUUUAAAAGAAGAACUAGCAUUUUGGUCGAUAGUACAAUUAAUUGAUUCAGAUUAUUCACAUGAAAAAAUAAAUAUUAGUGAUUAUUAUAAUAAUGAAAUGAGAGGAUUACGUAGAGAUAUAAUUGUGAUAGAAGAAUUAAUAAGGGUGAAAUUGCCUGAUGUCCAUUUACGUCUAAAAGAAUUUGAUGUUGAUCUUUCGUGGAUAUGCUCAGAAUGGCUCUUGUGUCUAUUUUGUACAACCUUUCCGAUUACUACUACAUUACGUAUAUGGGACUGCUUAUUUUAUGAGGGAGAUAAAAUAAUUUUUAGAAUAACCUUAGCCCUUUUUAAAUUGAAUCAACAAAAAUUAUGCGAACUUAAUUCUUUAGAAUCUAUUCUUUUAUUAUUUAAAGAAACCACAAAAAAUAUGUUUGAAUGUGAUAAAUUAAUGUAUAUUGCGUUUAACGAAAUUGGCGUCUUAAAAAAGAAAACCAUAAGAAAGCUAAGAUUAAAAGCGGAGGAUAUUAUUAAAAAUGCCGUACCGUAA